AUGCCGUUCACCAUUCCAGGCGGUACGCAUGUGGCGGUCGUGGACCCCACAGGCGGAGGCAAAUCGACGCUCGUCUCUUUUCUCCUCCGUCUGCUUGAUCCCACUAUGGGUACUGUCACCUUGGAUGGCGUACCGAUGGUCGACGUUCCGCUACAUGUCCUCCGAUCCCAUCGUGUAGCAGUCCCUCACGACGCCGCGUCGUUCCCCAAAAGCACUGUCCGCGAAGUGACUAAUCCUCAAGGUAAUCAUUCUCGUGACGAGAUCUUUCGUGUACUCUCGGAUUUGGACAGGUUGGCUGGGCUACAUAAUCAGGCGCCUCUCGUGCUUGACGAACUCGCUGACGAGCAGGUGGCCCCAGGGACUGGGAGAGCACAACUGCUUGCCUUGGCGUCCAUCACCCUCCAGAAACCGCGGAAGGAGAGUACCUAUUAG